AUGUCAUCAAAUCAAAAUCAACAAGCUGAUCAACAAUGGAACAACCAGCAACAACAACAACAAGGAAAGAAUUGUCAAAAUGCUAACUGUCAACAAAACGAAGAAUGUUGUCAAGGUGGUAUUAAUCAACAACGACAACAAGAUCGUCAAGAUCUAAGUCGCCAACAAAGCCAACAGAAUAACCAAGGUUUAAAUGCACAACGACAACAACAACAAAAUCAACAAGGUGGUCAACAACUAAACAACCAGCAACAACAAGAUCCUCAAGAUCUAAAUCGUCAACAAAAUAACCAAGAUUUAAAUGUCCAACGACAACAACAACAAAAUCAACAAGCUGGUCAACAAAUAAACAACCAGCAACAACAAAAUCAAAAACAACAACAACAAGAUCGUCUUGGUUAUGACGCUCAACAAAAUCAACAAAAUUUGAAUGCCCAACGACAACAACAACAAGGUCAACAAAGUAAUUGUGCUCAACAAUUUAAACAAGCUGGUCAAAUUGGAAAUGCGCAACAACAACAACAACCUCGCCUCAUUCAUUAA